CGCUGAUAUAACCCCGAAUGUGCGAAGACGAAGUUCAAUGGCCGCUAUUUUUUGUAGCUCUAAACCACAGCCUCACGGCAUCAUCGGAGGUAUGCGGUCGGUGUAUGCGGCGGUGUCAGCCCGAAGCCAAAAACACGCAGGAUGAAGAUCUGGUUUGUAGGGAGCGCAGGUGUAUAACAUGACCAGAUCUCCAGGAGGGAUUCGUUCCCUUGUCAGAAACAUUCACAACGAAAAGCAAGAGCUUCUACGUCUUGAACAUACCACUUUGACAAUACUAAACAAACGCACCCGCAAUGCCGAUGAAGAUUGCCAUCCUCGGCGCCGGCCCAGCAGGUUGCACACUCGCCCGCUUGCUACAGCAAGGAAACGAUCAGAUCUCAGUCACAAUCUUCGAAGGAGAGGCGGGAUUGGAUUUCCGAUCUCAGGGAGGAUCCCUUGACCUUCACGAAGAGACUGGCCAGGCUGCUUUGCGGAAAGCUGGACUUCGCGACGAAUUUCUGAAACAUGCACGCUACGACGGCGAAGCACUCAAGAUCGCAGACAAGAACUUAUUAUGCUAUGUUCGAAUCAACGGCUCCACCUCUUCUAACUCAUCAUCACAGCCAGCGGGAGUCCUUGGCAACAGACCUGAGAUUGAUCGACCAGUGCUACGGAAGCUGCUCUUCGACAGCCUGCUCGAAGGCACGGUCCAAUGGAACAAGAAGGUCACCAAUAUUGACGAAGAUCGUAGCAUCUGCUUCGCGGACGGUACCACACAGGGCGGCUUUGAUCUCAUCGUUGGCGCAGAUGGGGCAUGGUCCAAAGCUCGUCCGUAUCUGAGCGCGGUCAAACCUUUCUACACAGGGAUCGGAGGCUACGCAAUGACAAUCAUAAACGCAGAAGAAAAUCACCCGAAACUACACAAGGUCGUGAAUCGUGGCAGUCUUUUCACCUGGUCCGACGGCAAGAGCCUCAUGGGCCAAUACAACGGCGACGGCAGCAUUCAAGUCUACACAUGGAGCAAGCGGGAACCCGAUUGGCAAGCCACCCACAACACUAGGGAUAUUGCCGCCGUGCGUAAAGAUUGCAUGGAGGAAUUUGCCGGCUGGCACCCCGACUUGCUGGCGCUGAUCCACGCCAGCGAAGACCACGUCACAGCGCGAGAUCUUUACAUGCUACCCAUCGGGCACAGCUGGCCGCACCGCCGCGGCGUGACUUUGAUUGGAGAUGCAGCACACGUCAUGACGCCUUUUGCAGGGGAGGGUGUCAAUCUGGCCCUGGAAGAUGCCAUGAAGCUAUCCGAUGCGAUCAUCUCCGCGGCCUCGCAUGCCUCGGAUGCGGAACUGAUUUCACAAGCUCUUGACCAAGGGGUCUCCCGCUUUGAGCAGGAGAUGUUCGAGCGCGCGACGGCCACGCAAGAGAUGACCUUUGACAUGAUGAACUACAAUUUCAACACGCCCGGCGCGCCGCGUUCCUGCAUCGAGCCGUUGAUGCUCCGAGCGAUUCGAGGGCCGUCGCCGACAGCGGUAUCGUGGCUAAUGACACCUCUAGUAUAUGCGUGGUUUGCGGUGUUCAAGCUGAUAUGGUAGUGGGGCGGUUUGGCGACAAGUAGAUAGACAUAGACGAGCGGAAAUGAUUGCUUUCUCUUUACCGUGA